GUUUCACUGCCCGAACGAUGGGUACGGGUGUAGUAGAUUUUCCCGAGCUGCUCGCCAAAUAUUAAAUUUUCACUGGAGCAGAUACAUACAGCAGCACAGCAGCGGGCCUGUGUUUAUCGGUUCUAAAGUGUCAAAUAUCUAGCGAAAUGGUUCGUUUCUUCCGCGUGUGAUUCAGUUCCGGGUAGUGCAGAUAUCUGUGCCGUAGUGUAUUUCUAGGACAAAGUGUUGAAACUUGCAGUUAAUGUAGUGUACUGAUAGUUUAUCUAGUUAGUUAUCAAUUGAAACGCCGUUCCGUGGUGCUGGAAGAAGAGUUUGAAAUUGGUUCGCUAGUGAUCGCAAACCACGUACACCUUGUUUCAGGAAAAUAGUGAAGAAAACUUCUCCCCGUCGCUGGUUACCCGCUGCCUCGUAGCUAACGCAGUUGGAUUCGAAGGGAGGAAAAUUCGCCACCAACCGAUUCAUGUGUGUUGGUGAUGUUGAAUGGAGUGUGUUUGUAAAUUCAUUACAUAGUUGAAAUAUUUCAUCGUCGCUCUCGCUCUCUGCUACUACAUCGGUGAGUGCCCGGACAACGACGUCAAUAUUAUCCUUGGACUUCUAGCAAAGGGAACCGUCAAAGUGUUACUUUUUUGUGGCUAGUAUUAUCGCGGUAGGGCGAAAUUUUCAAGGGUUCAAGUGCACCGGAAGGCAGCUUGUGUACCAUCAGAGUCGGUGCAAGUAGAUGCACUUCUUUGGAGCCUGCCAGUGAGAGAGCACUUCCGACGCGGAAACUGCCCGCCGGAAGAGGAUGGUGAAAGCAAGUUUUUGCUGUGCACCGUAAUAACCACUUUCCGACGUCUGGGCAAUGACGUCACAGGCCGUCUACUGUCUUAGCCUUCAGAUACGUCCCCCAGCGGAAGAAGGAAACAAUGCCGUAUCCACACCCGGUCUUGCGGUCAGCGCUAGUGAGCUCACCAAAAUGGUCGCCACCCCAACGCCGGUUACCGCCCCCGGGGGAGCCAUCAUUACGGGACUGGACAGCAAAAGUGUCACCAUUACGGAAGCGGCCUCCCGGCAGUUUCAGUCGCAAAUUCAGCUUCAGCAGGCACAAGCGGCGGCGGUUCAGACGGCCUCGUCCUCGGUCCAGCCCCAGCACAGCAACAUCAUUCUGGUGCGUGGCUCGCGGUCCGAAAAUGGACAAAUUAUUCUGCAAAACACCCACGAACUGCUCAGCCUGUUGAACGACGAAGACAAACCUAUUCUUCUCCAGCAUCAACGUUUGAAGACAAAACCGGCACCGGAAGUGGCGUCCAGCGCAGGAAACACAAUCCUGUUCCAGCCGGCAAUCAAAAACAGUGCCGUCGAUGGGACAAUUCUGCUGCAAUCAGAUGGCAUCAAGAAAACGGCUAUCACCUCGGAGGGAGGUCCAAUCUUCCUCCAGCAGCGGCUUACUAAAAACGGGUCCACCGAAGGACCGAUACUACUUCGUACGCUUAAACGCAUAGAUAAAUCGCAAUCUAUUUUGGUAAUUCGUAACGCUACAACUACUGCUUCAGUCGCUAAUGCUUCCAGUACUUCUUCCGCUUCCAUUGUCGCAAAUGCCACCACCGCCGGUGUUACCGUCAGCGCAGCGACAUUGGCCAGCUCGUCUAAUGCUACCCUCGUUAAGGCUAAACCUCUGCAGGUACAGAGUCAAGCCACGGUCGUCAACAUUGGCUCCAAAGCAAAUACCGUUACUGCUUCCGCUUCCUCCGCACGGGACGAAGCCGAAGGCAAGAAGGAAUCGACUGCCGGUGCCACGGUAGCGAAAGUCAUUCAGAAGCCGAUCAAUUUACCGCUCGGGGCAGAUGGUGAACCGAUCAAGCUUCCGGAAAAUUUAGAAAGUUUACCACGGGCUGACCAUUUCCCAAACCAGCGACAUCGGUGGAAUACUAAUGAGGAAAUUGCCGCCAUACUCAUCAGCUUUGAUAAACAUUCCGAGUGGCAGUCGAAGGAAGUAAAAACCAGACCGAAGAGUGGUUCCAUGUUACUGUACUCUCGGAAGAAGGUUCGUUAUCGACGCGAUGGUUACUGCUGGAAGAAGCGCAAAGAUGGUAAAACAACCCGUGAAGAUCAUAUGAAAUUGAAGGUGCAAGGAACUGAGUGCAUUUACGGGUGCUACGUUCAUUCGGCCAUCCUGCCCACGUUCCAUAGACGCUGCUACUGGUUGCUGCAGAAUCCGGACAUUGUUCUGGUACACUACCUUAAUGUUCCAUACCCGGACGACACCAAGAUGGCGGUCAUCACGCCGAACCUGGCCCUCUGGGGUGACAAGAAGGAGUGGACCAAGGAGGAGUUGGUCAGCCAGCUGAAGCCAAUGUUUUUCCCGGCAGUUUUUAGCGAGGAUGAACCGGACGCGACGAACGAGAUCGAAAUUUCGACGGCCGAAACAGUCGAAGCGAUCGUCAGCCAGCUGAUGGAGAAACAACGGAUGGCUCGACAGUCGGCGCUGGUAAAGCAGCUCGAGUGCGGCUGCCCGGAUGCGAACUGUGUUGAUGGAAAGAGCUGCUCGCACCCGAUGAGGCGGAUUAGUGCGGCCAAAAGUGAUAUGGGCAAGCGGGGUGAAAGCGGUCACCUGGGCGGAACCGCGCCGAAUGUGCUGAUUGGAUCGAGGAUGUACCCCCGCUGGAUCGACAGCCGGAAAGCCCGAGAGCAACAGCAGCAGCAGCAUCAGCAAACCCAUAACAGCCUCCUGGAUGCGAGCCGGUCCGUCACUCCGAAGGACGCACCGAUACAUUUCCAAGUCAUUCCUACCUCUCAGCAACCGAACCACUCCAACAAUCCAAAUUCAAUUAGAGCAAUUGCCGGCAAUCAUCAUCACCAUCAGCAGCAGCAGCAGCAGCUUCAGAACCCUUCGACUGUAGUGGUCAGCAGUAGUAGUAAUUUAACUCUUACCCAGCAUCUCAACUCUUUGAACACCAGUAAUAGCAAUAACAAUAAUUCACAAUUAACAAGUGUCAGUAGUCAUAUUACAAACGGACUAUCCAAUGCUCAUUUGGCAGCGGCUGCCGCUCAGCAUCACCAACAACAGCAGCAGCAGCAGCAGCAUCGAAGUCAUAUGAUCAUCACCAGCAAUAAUUCGUCCUCGGCCUCGUCGGCAGCUGGCAAUUCGUCCGCUCCCAACGCCGGAGCCAACAAUCAAUUAACCGCGACUGGUCCUAAUAAUGGCAACAACGGUAGCAACCGUGGCAGCUCUGACCCUAGCAUAAAUCUUUCGACUAAUGGCGAAAGCCAUAUAUCAAUGCACGGCGGUCAACAUCAGCAGCAGCAAUCAUCGGGAUCCACGCGAAGGACGAUAGCGUCCGGCGGUGGUAACGGUUCAGCGGACAACGUCAAUCAGAGGACGUCAUCUCAACACCGGCAACAGCAGCAGCAGGAUGGGUCCGCGGGCGAUGGAUUGAUAAACAACGGAAGCAACAACAACAACAGCAGCAGUAGUAGUAGUAGCGGCAGCAGUAACAACAAUAACAACAGCAAUAGCAGUGGUGUUGGUGGUCGCCAUCAUAAUCAUAUUACGGUUGAUAAUUGUGCGGUCAGUAGUGCGUCAAUGGUUAAUGGAUCGAACAGCGGCACGGGUGCCACGCCGUCGUUGGUUUUGAGCUUGUCACAGUUGCAAGGAUCCCCCGGCAGUCUAUUAAUCCUAAACGGUCAGCAGCCAUCGUUCGUAUGUCAUCCUUCUCAGCAGCAACAAUCGCAACAGCAGCAGCAGCUUCUCCAGCAGCGUAAGUCUUCAGCUGACGCUUGCAAAGAUAGCAGCAGCAGUAGCAAUGGCAGCCUCAGCACCAAUAGCAGUAUUAAAAUGGAAAAUUCACCGUCCGAUGCUAGCCAGCAUAGCUUGAUCCCCAAGCAGGAAAUCAUGGAUUCGUCUUCCUCGCCGUCAUCGUUGACGCUGAUGGGAGGAGUUCUUCACCAUCAAGGAUCUUCGCCGAAUAGUGGAAUGUUCGGCAACUAUUCGGCUAGACGAACUCCGGCCCGGCUGGAUGGCGGCAAUGGUCAUCAUGAUAAUAUGCCAUUCUUUAACGAGACGUUAGAUCUGUCCCAGGAAGAUAUCCAGAAGACGUUGAGCGCCAAUAUGCCACUUGGUCAUGGUAAUACAGACGCUGGUGUUGGCGGUCAGUCUGGGGUAACGCCAACUGAUGACGCGAUGAAUGGAGAAAUCAAUCCAAUGGAUUUCAUCGAAAACUGCGGCAGUCAGCAGGAUGCGGUUGAUGAUGACGUUUUCGUUAAUCUGGACGCGUUCGAUAUGUUGGUGGAGUUUCCCGAGUUAGAACUGGAUGCUAAGAGUGGAUUUUUCAAUAGUAGCGAUGCCGGAACGGAAACCGGAGGCGAUGCGGAUGAUGGAGCUAGUGAUUUGAGUCAGUUCAAGUUGUCCGCUGAUAGUGGUAUUGGGAUGGGUGGUGCGGUGGGAUCGCAUGGUGCGAAUGUUUCUACUAUUACGGAUUUCAGUCCGGAAUGGGCCUAUCCGGAGGGCGGCAUUAAGGUGCUGGUUACCGGACCGUGGAGUUCCAGUUCGUCCUAUACAGUAUUAUUCGACUCGUUCCCAGUGCCGACAACGCUGGUUCAGACGGGAGUCUUGCGGUGCUAUUGUCCGGCACACGAAGUGGGAGUAGUUACGUUGCAGGUGGCCAGCGAGGGCUAUGUGAUAUCGAAUGCGGUUAACUUUGAGUACAAAUCGCCACCCAAGUUUGAGACAAAGUGCGAGGGCAAUGGGAAUGACAUGCUGUACAAGUUUAAUCUGCUCAAUCGACUGGAGUCGAUCGACGAAAAGCUGCAGAUUAAGGUAGAACCUGGAGAAUUGCCUGAAGAUUCCAUCCUGUUCAAGCAGGCCAACUUUGAGGACAGGCUGGUGUCGUACUGUCAGAUGCUGACCGCUAAGAUAUGGCGUUCAGUUACACCGGGUUCGUGGAUUGGAAAACACCGUGGCAUGACUCUGCUGCAUCUCGCAUCCGCUCUUGGCUACUCAAAGCUUGUGCGUACUAUGCUGACUUGGAAAGCGGAGAACUCCAAUGUGAUACUGGAAGCUGAGAUCGAUGCACUCAGCCAGGACCAGGAUGGCUUUACGCCUCUGAUGUGGGCGUGCUCCCGAGGCCAUAUUGAUACCGCCAUAGUUCUUUACAAGUGGAACCAGACGGCGCUGAAUGUGAAGAACAACGCGCAACAAUGUCCGCUUGAAGUAGCCAAAAGUAAGGGUUUCUUCGGUCUACUGGCGGAGCUUGAAAAACAUGAAUCGCUGCGAUUGCAGAGCAAAAAUUCGCAUGCUCCUAUCAGUUCAUCCAUACCGACUCUAUCAUCUAUUACUUCGUCCUUUACUACAUCUUCCACGUCCACUUCGUCUUCUGCAGCGUGCAAUUCCGCGCUGGCCGCUGCCGCUUCUGGCACUUUGCCGUCUUCUUCCAGUUCUAAUGCUUCCACUUCUCUAGCAAAUAGUAGUAGUAGAACAACCGUGGCCGAAUCCGCCCAAGAGUCCAGCAGUAGCAACGCCAUAAAUGACAAUGAUAAUCAAUCGGGCGCCGGAGCCGAGGCGAGUCCGGAGCAUAACUUUAUCAACGAUCUGUUCAACUAUAACGAUGCGCUUAACAGUAGCAAUAGCGAUAGCAAUAGCAACGAUAACUUUGCACUUUCAUCCGCCUUCAAUCCGUCGCUGUCUCCGGCUGCCCUGUCACCAUACGGUGAUGGCAAGCACCAGGGUGGCGGAUCGGCGUCACUUACCAGCAGCAAUCUGCACUACGCACUCGAGAACAACAACUCCAAUCCGAUGCUGUCGAACGCCCUCUCGCCAAAUUCCGACAGCAACCGGAGCCAUGAUGGGGUCUUUCUGCGUCCGGGAGCGGUGUUCUCAAGCGGACAAAGCCCUCCGGGAGCACGCUUGUCCAAGCGUUCAUCCAUCGAUAGUGGCAUCCACAUGGAAACCAGGCCGUCUCAGAACAAGGCAGGAAAAUCGUUGCGCGAUAUCCAGCGCAUGAAUAGAGGUGAUCGUAGCAUGUCCCUUCCGUUGGCUUCUGGAACCGGUGCUGGUCAAUCAUCACCUUUCAAUACAACCCAUACUGGAAACACUGGUAGCAAGGGUUCUUUUGGUGGCGAUUCUGAGAACUUCUCUUUAUCGAUUAACGACCGUACAACGGAGUCACCGUCGCAGAUUUCCGGCACACUCAGUAACGCGUCCCUGCUGUCUCCGCUGCGUAAAAUGGACUUCGCUCUAUGUGAGGUAUCGGCUGCCGAGACGAGUCCGAUGUGCGAGGACGUCGUCGAAGCGCUGCAGGAGGAUGAACGCCACCCGCAGCAAUCUUCCUACGGCGGUUGUGGGUGUGGUGCGAUUGGAAGUGGUAGCACCGCCGCGCAUCUCCACCAUCAUCAUCAUCUUCAUCAGCUGCCGGUGCAACAGCAGGACAGCGUUGAGAUGAGCGUCCCGGGGGGUAGUGGGACUGUAGGGGAGUCGGAUGUGAAAGUACUAACGCUAGCAGAGCAGAUCAUUGCUGCUAUGCCCGAGCGGAUAAAGAUUGAAUCCGAAGAAAUCAUGUCGCUGGGUAGUCCGAUGCCAGAAACGCUUAGCGAGGAUACAUCCGGAAUGAGUAUUCUGACAGAUUCCUUCAUGGAACCACUGCUGGAUUCGUUGCCCUCGUCGCAGUUCGAGGAGUUCAAUUUUGAGUUCAGUGACCAUAACUAUCGGUAUCACGAUGUUGGUACACCCUGUUCGAGCCUCAGUCCAGCGUCGUCCGGGCCUCUUCAAUCCCCAGCCAGCUAUUCCAUCCCGCAGGAUCCUCCCGUGAGCUCGCCCAGUCCCCCGCCUACCACACAGGACUUUACUGAGUUUCUUCAGGCCACCAACUGCAAUCCUUUCGAGAAGGACUUUUCUAAUCUGAAGUUGAAUGAACGGGAACAGCGCGAGCUGUACGAAGCAGCCAAAUGCAUACAGAAGGCCUACCGUUCGUACAAGGGUCGCAAAAGUCGCAUGGAGGAACAGGACAAGGAACGUUCGGCGGCAGUGGUGAUUCAGAACUAUUACCGCCGGUACAAGCAGUACGCUUACUAUCGCCAAAUGACCCAGGCGGCGGUGAUUAUCCAGAACGGGUACCGUUCGUACUGUGAAAACAAGCGCUUCAAGAAGUCUCAAUCGUCCUCGCAGACCGGUCAAAUGGGCAGGGAUAGUGCGGAGGAAGCCGCCUCUUCGUCGCAGUGCAUCCAAAGCUACUAUAAUACGUUCAAGAAUGAACAGAAGCAACAGCAAUCGCCUCAGCAACAGCAGCAGAACAAUCAGGGCGUCCUGAAGGAACCCAGUCCAUCCGGUCCGCUGAAACGAACUUAUUCGCAACGAACUCAGAAUCAAGCCGCCAGGAAAAUUCAGCAAUUUAUGAGACAAUCGAAAAACAAUACUUGGGAUGAGCAAAUGACGAUUGUGGCUGCAGAGAGAACGAGCCGAAAAAGAGAGGCAGGUCCACCAACGCAGGGCGGAGUACCUCCAAAACUUGCAGUAUCACGUGGCAGCAGCGGCCGCACCGGCACCAGCGCCUACUAACGAACCCCGCUGAGCCGGAAGGCAACCGCCCGAGCGAGGCGCAGCACGAAUGCAUCUUGAUAAUCAUCAGCAGGGGAGGUGGAAAAAGCUGGCGUUGGUGUUGCUGAGGCCCCGUUUGAAAGUGAUAAAAGUGGAAACUUGCUUAAUUUUGUGAAUUUUUUGCUGUAGUUUUCCGUUUAGUGAAAAUUGAAAUUUUGUUGCAUAGUACGUUGAUAAACCAAUCUGGUUGAUUUUUUUGGUAGAAAUAAUUUGGGCUUAGCCCAUCGUCAUUUGAAUGCAAUGAAUAAUUUCAUGGUUUACGGUAUUCGUAUGAAAACUUGCUUGCAAGUUUUAGUUGUCGAGCAAAGAUGCACUUGCGUGCAAUUUUUAUUUAUAACCUAUCAAGUUAUUUAGAAAUACAACAAAGCAGAGUUUAAAUGUGCAAUAUUACGAAUAACGGAGAGUUGGAGUCGGAAAAAAACAUAAAACGGGAAAUUUGUUACGAAGGGAAUGUUGAUUGAUAAUCAGAUACCUGACUCUUUACCAUAUACGAACGAGAAGUAAAAACUAGCUGAAUGAACAUAAGCAAAUUGUGAUUGAAGAUUUUUGUUUUUCAUUUUACGUAACUAAAUCGUACUUCUUAGAGCUCUGAUGUAAAUCAAACCUUUAGAUAGAGUAGAAGUUGCAACAAACCAGAGAGAGAGACAAAGUAAAUUUACUGAGGCAGAAUUUUGCAAAUAAACAAGAAAAAAAAAUAUUUUUAUUAAUAGUUGAGAAGGUGAAAUAAUAUUUAUAGAAAGAUACUUUAUUAUUGUAAACAUAGAAGGUUUAAUAUCAGAGGAGAAUAGAAACAAACCGAGAUACUUAUUUAGUCGCAUCAAGUGUAGAAAUGAGCAUCAGUAGCGAUUGCAUCAUCGUGGAAUGAUGGUCGGAAGCAAAACAAAAACAACAACAAAAAAGAUGCGGGCACCGAUCGAAUCACGACUGUUGAUAAUAAUAAUAAUAAUGAAAACAAAAAAAAAGUUAAAGCUUUCCAACCGUUGCCGUAGUUUGUUGCUGUAGGCCUCGCAGCACUUAUGGCGUUUUUUGUUGUUAUUGAUCAGCAAGGUGUGCAAAAGGCGUUAAUGAUUUUCUAUUUCAGUUAACUUUUUAAUUUAUUCACAAUUCAGUCCACAGCCGACAAUUGGUGCUGUGUAGUGGACUUGUACAUAAACAAACAGUGUAACUGGCAACAGUUGUCACUGGAAAACGGAUUUUAGGGGAAUGGCGGUUCAUUUUUACUUUACUAUUUGACUGUUACUUAUGUUGUUCUUGUAAAAGUAUAUAAACUCUAGGUUGAAAACAAAUGGAACUAUUGUAAAAAAGAAGAUUAUACAGUAAAGACUAUUUAUCACUUCGUAGGUUAAACAUUUAUCGAGAUAACGAGAAACAAAAAAAAAUUGAUAGCUUGGAUUGUUGAUUCGCUUCACGGAAGCUAAGAAUCAUGAAAGCAUUCAUACACACCUACACUUAUCACACUAAUUUAUUUACUAGAAGACGUGCGUCCAUCUUAUGACUUUGAAGACUUGUAAAAGAAUUAAAACUAUAGGGCAAAAUCAUACGCAAAAGUUCAUACAUAUUUCUAUGAAGCAAAACAUUUACUAAAUCUAUUUUACUCUAAACACUUACAAAAAACCGAUUAAACUGCGCAUCUGCAACUUUAGAACUUUGAUAGAUGAAAAUGAUAGGUCGAACGCAUAUUUGGGGAAACUUCUACUUUACUAAACCUCAACCCAAACAAAAAAAACGCAUAAUUUUUAAAGAAAAUUUUCCAACUUAAAAGUAAUGAAUUUCGUAUAGAGGAAGGUAAAGAUAAAACUCAUUUAAUCCAAACAUCUUCGCAUUCGCAUUACCUAAUAGUUACGGUUAGUUAAAAAAAAGCAACAGUGAUUGUAAAAUCAGUAAACUAAUGGCCAUUUUUCGAAAUAAUAUUUGCUAUCAUACAAUACCAGCAAACAUUGCAUGAGAUAAUCUAGAAUAGAGUGAAGAGCAUGCUGCAGAAAAUGCAAAAAAGUGAGAAAGCAAUCGCGAACAAAAAAAAAAUUUAAAUCAUCUUACGUUGGUCACGAUUUCCCUCUUAACACUACAGACUUACUACACAUACACAGUUGCAUAAUGAUAAGCUUCUAUACCGAGACUUUUUGAAAGCAAUCUCCUGUAACAAAAUAAAGAAGAAAAAAACGAAACAAACACACAUCUAGCCUAAAAACAAAUGGAUAUCAACUAUUAAGACAUUCGGUUUCAUCCCUCGAAAAAAGAGAAGUGAGAAUGCCGAUUGCACGUUUCUAGUUUCUAGUUCUAAAAGCCAGGGAAGAAAACCGUUCGUUUUCUAGUACUAACUUUUUCACUAUGGUGCACUUGAUAAAAAAAAAAACGAACAAAUGUUGAAAUGAAACAUGGUCGGAAAGGAUGAAAGCUUUAAUACCUAACCUAGCAAACAAAACAAAAAAAGAAAACUUAAACUCUCUCUUUCUCUCUCGUAUUACGAGCCCAUUUACUGAGACAAAAAUAAACACAGAUUUCCAACACUUUCCACUCUUAAUUCCACUUACUUAAAACGGUUAAACAGAUUUCCAGUUGAUCCUUCCGGCCGUCGGAAUAAUAACAGUCAUGACACCAGCCAGCCAGUUUGCCCGACUUCACUGCGUGUUUUGUGUUUUGUUUCGCAAAGAAAAAAAAAAAACAAAAGAAAAUCAAUCGUUGUUGCAGUUCCGGGGUUCCAUGUGGCACUUGCGCCCAUACUGACCCCGAAAAAAGAAAACAGAUCUAAUUUCUUCCACAAUGUUAUACCUCUACUCUAGCGAUAACAGAAGUAGGGACACUUGCGGGUCUGUGCGUAAUCUACUACAUCUGUAUAGAGGAUAUUCUUGGUAGGGUUAAAUGCCGCGAGCGACGCGUUUCAUGUAGUUUUUUUACACGCAUUAUAAUUAUUCUAUACACUUGUUGUCUUCUGCCUAAUUGGUUGUGCUCUUUACGUUUAGGUUGUAGAAAAUAUUCUUAGGUGCGCUUUCUGCACUCGAUUUUCUGUUCAAUUGUAAUUAUUGAUUGAUUGAUCAAUUGAUAGGCAGAACCGAUUUCUGUUAUUUGUUAUUGUUUAUACAGUUUAUCGUACGGUCGAAGAUUGACCACAAAUUCGUAUGUAAUCUAUUGCUGCUGGAAUAAUAAAGCGCAUGAUUGCUGAAUUUUGAUUAUUUUAAGAGCUGCCUUUUUCUUGUAGUUUAAGCCGCGGUUGCUAACAGGAAUGAUACGAGUUUUUUUAGGUUGAAGCAUCGUGAAAAGAUUUAUCACAUCCAUAAUUAGCUUUGAACCAAGUUAGACUACUUUCUGGUUGUUAUUCGGUGUGAGUCAGCAUCAACAAAACUUACAAGAAUCGUAGAAUUUUACCGUUCAUCCUACACAUUUUUGAUCUAUCAUUAAUUCUCCCUUGGUCGAUGAUCUUUCGGAUAGAGGUUCAGUCUACCGCCUGCAAAACUUGAUAUUUGUGCUAUAUUUGGUGCCACCUAAACCAGUUCGGCAGAGCGUGGUGAUAUUUUAGUAUCGCAUCUGUUGGUAAAAGGUGUAAACCCGGAUGCUUGUGUUGAGAUCCAUCAGUAUUAGUAGAAGAAGCUGAUCGCGAAAUUCUAAUCAUUAAAAUCGAAGUUCGAGCUACCUUUCACACGACACAUAAGCAAUUUAGUUAUUUUUAUUUUGUUCUUGACUAUUUCUUCAACAUGAUAGUGUCACCCGACGAACAUCACACUCAGGUUUAAGUAUUCGAAAUCGUCUUUCAAAAUUGUAUUCUUCCUUCUCUUCUUUCUAUCUUGAAUAGCUGCAGUUUUUCCAACUUAUCUUGAGCACCUUUUUUUUUGGUUUUCGGUUACCAGACCAGUGAAGCGUAGGUAAUUCUGUGUGUUACAAUAGACGAAUAAAUCCAAUAGAUCAUUUUCGGGUUUGUUCCAUCUGCUUACCAAAAGUUUUAUUACAUAUUCAUAAAGUAAUUGUAGUUAAUUAUUGGCUUCUUUAGAUGUGUAUUCUAGUUUAACUAUUGGCCGCAGCAGAAGGAAUAUUACCCCUGCUUUUAAUGCUUUUACACUUAUGUAAGAGCUUCCAAAGUUUGUUGGUUUUUAUCUUUUCAAUAACAUCUUAUUAAUCCAUUAAUAAUACAAUAGUCGAAACCACGUUUCUUCAUUGCAGCAGUCAUUGAGUCAUGACGUGAAUUGUAAAAGGCUCCUUCUAUAUCGAGAAGAUCCGACAGUGAAAUUUCUUUUGCUGCAAAAGAUUUCACUAGUUUUGUAACUAUAGUAUUGAGUGCUGUUUGUUGGGGUUUGAACCACUGCGACCAAUAUUUUGCCCUAUUGUGGUAUACCCAUUACGCAGUCCCAAAAAAUCGAUGUUAAAAAAGUACAGGUGCUCAGCCCUAAAUUGAAAGAUAAUAUUAUUUAUAGCAUUUUUGUAGAACAUUUCGACUUUCUGAAAAAUCGUUUUCAGGUUGCUUAUUCAUUCCCCGCAUAAUCAAUAACAAUAAACGGAUGAUAAUCCAUAUGAUACCCCAUACAGUCGGGACUAUAUCUCGAACUAGUUGUUAGGCACGUUUUAUGGUUAUUGAUUAUGCGGGUUACGAAUACUGCUCUAUGCUGUUUUUCAUAAUUCAUCGCAUCCAAGAUGGCGGACUUUUCCUUUAGCCGUCUUCAAAAGGUUCUGCACAGACGCUCUUUCAACGGAAAUGGCCACUUUAAUCCAAUCUUUUUUUUUGAAUUUUUCCACUGUAUCGGCUGCUCGGACACGUUUGCUGAGGGUUGCCUUCACUAAUGCCCAAAAUGUCUCAAUUGGGCGUAUUUCCGAGCAAUUUGACGGAUUCAUGUGCUUUGGCACAAAAAUGACUUCGUUGUCUUCAAACGCGUAACGUAGUCGCAGAGUCCGCUUUGUCAUGCGGAUGGUCGAAUGGGUUCGAAUCUUAGUAGAACUAGGCCAUCCGAUGUCAAAGAAAAAGGACUUUGAGCAUGGCUUUAUUCUCAGGCUCCCCACCAGUUACCCUUCCUUUACGCUGGAAUCUACAAUACCUUUGCGUGACUUCCUCUUAACAAAAAAAUAAGUCCCUUUUAUCAAUAAAACUGGCCAGAAGGACGCACGACGAAACUUCUCCAGGGAAUUAUAAUUGGAGAUAUUUGGCAAGAGGAAUGAGUGUCGGUAUAGUAGAACAGUAAGCGUGUAAGGAAGAGUAUCACAUUACACACAAGCACUGAUGAACAAUAAUAAUAAGUAUGCCACUUCCCAAUAGCGGUAUUGCUAUUAACAGAAGUGCGGGAUACAGCAGACAACCGGGCAUAUCUCACAAUAUAUCUACGAUUCUGGUCGCAGUGAGAAAGUCCAUACAGGAAAAAAAAAAAACACUUCUGAGUGGGUGCAUAGUUACAGCAUGUCAAAUCAAGCCAAAACACUACUGAGCCUGUAUGUUGACGUAUCAUGGGCAGCAAUCUCUUUUGCAGGCAUUCUUUAUUGUAUAUGUCAGUAUUCAUAGUGGUGCUUAUUACGGGAGUCACUUCACGGUGAAAUAUAUUUCACUCUCACGCUCACUCCCCUUUUUUAGACCUAUUCCCGAUUCCACCUCGAGUGAGGUGACAAAAAUCACCUCCGUGGAGUGAGAUUGACAGUGAAGUGAAAUUGAGAAUAGGACAGGUGGAAUGAGAUUGUUUCCCAGCUCAAAAAUCUCUAAGUCCCAGAAAGUCAUUUUUUCCGUUUUUUUAGAUAACCACAGAUCUUGACGUGUUCUGCAUUUCUAAAACAUUCGGCAUAAAAAAAAAUGUUUUUUCGGUAUCGAAAAUUUCCUAAACUAGUAUGCAUUUUUUUCAUCGGGCAAAAAAAUGAAAAUUUGACCGCUUUAAGGCACGGAUCAAAUUCUGAUUCGUUUCGUUACUGAAGAAUAAAUCCAAUAUUUACCAUUAGAUCACAAAUCAAUCAAAUUCAAGACUUAUGGCAUCUUCGUGGAAUCAUUUAACCGUUCAAAAUGGUCGUGAAAUAAUUCACGCGAAUCGUCGCUUUUUCCGUUCUCACUUCACUGAUAUGACACUCAUAAUAACCCAGAUUCCGCGGCAGAUGUCACUUUGCGACGUUUUUCUCAAUUACGUGAGUCCCGUAAUAGGGUUUUGUUCACUUCACUCUGAUUUCACCGUGAAGUGAUCCCCGUAAUAAGGACCAGUAUCAGUUGUGAUGAUGCGCCAUUUUUUCAGUGUGCCCAUACUUUCUGGUGCGGUCUAUAGUGGAUUGAUUACAAAAGACAGCAUAGGUUGCUUUAGAUCUCACUAUUACCGUAUAAACCCAGUGCACAGUGGUUCAGGAAUGCAAUCUAGCGGAACAAAAUGAAUAACUCCGGAUCGUGUUGGUUUCUUGAGAUAGUGUUUUCAACAAUGUUCAUGAGAAGAAUCAAGGAAUAUUUUUGUAUGAAAAUAUUUGAACUAAACGUGAAUCAAACUAGUACUAAAUUUUUUUCCUACAUUUUUGCAAUUUAGAAGGAUGGUUUACAAAAUUGUUUAUUAGCCAAUAAUAUGAAAGUCUUUCAAAGUCACAACUCUUCAAGAAGCCAUAGUGUAUGAGAUAUUGAUUUUUGUUGUUGUAAGUGUACUAACAAACUCUAUGAGUUUCUAGUUAUAAAUCUUUUAAACUUUGAACUUUGCCGCAGAAAUAGGGUGGCUAUGUAGUUUUUGAGAUAUUUAAAAAACGAAAAUUUUUAUCGUUUUUUUGAAUGUCAUAUCUCAAUUAGCGCACUAAAGCGCAACCUGAAACUCUCACGGCGGAAAAAAUAUUAAACUAGGUGUAUGUAGACAAAGAUUCAGCUCAGAACUCCUUGGAGAUUCUACUCUAUGAGAAAUUUGGUAAAACUCUACUAACUUAAAAAAUGCUAUUUUGUUUCGAAUGCUAUGCCGAAUAUCUUCGGAGAUGUUCAAGAGAAUUGAAUAUGAACUCUUUUGGUCUCAAAAUAUUCAGUUCAAUAUUUAAAAUGAACUAUUCAAGUCUUGUGAGAUUAUUUUUUUUUAAUAGGGGGAUUUGUUAGUAGCUUAAGUAUUUAUGAUAAAUAUUAGUAAAUAAUGAGUAUGUGUGUCCAAUCACAAAUGGUGACUUCUCUACACUGUUGGUAAUUUGUAAUUUUAAUUGUUAGGAUUUGUUUGCUUUAGCAAUUAGGACUUAUCAUUCGUAGGGAUUUAAACCUACUUGUCAAGAGAGGAAAGUAAACUUACAACUAACUUAAAUGCUAACUUAUUGGCUAUAAAGAGAGCUUAUCGUAGCAAUUGAGGAUUGCAACGAUUUUUGUCGAAAAUUGUUAAUAAUUUUAUUUGACAUAGCUUCUAAUGGUUCAACACCAGUAAGUCUAUGUAAUUCGAGUGUACCAAACCAAGGAGGACGCUUCAAAAUCAUUUUCAGAAUUUUAUUCUGAAUCCUUUGGAGCGUUUUUUUCCUUCUUGAACAGCAACUUGACCAGAUCAGUACAGCAUAAAGCAUUGCUGGUCUAAAAAUUUGUUUGUAAAUCAAAAGAUUGUUCUUCAAACAAAGUUUAGAAUUCCUGUUAGUGAGAGGAUAUAAACAUCUCGUAUAUUUGAUGCACUUGGCUUGUAUACUCUCAAUGUGCUCUUUGAAAAUAAGUUUUUUAUCGUAAAUUAGUCCCAAGUACUUAGCCUUGUCAGACCAACUUAAAAUAAGAUGAUUUUUUUUCAAACAGGAUACAUUUCAACCCUCUAGUGCCCAGUGUCGCCUUUAGACACAAAUAAAAAACGCAUAUUUUCCGAUGAAAAUCACUUAAAACUUUGAGUAGAAUUGAGGUAUUCACGAUGUCAGCAUUGCAAAUUGUUUUUCUUAGAAAGUCCUAAAAGUUGUUCAAAGACAGUUUUAAGAUGAAAAUUGAAAUAAAAAAGUUAGAGCGCAAAAUGUUGUUUUUCAAUAUAUCGGUUGUUUUUAAAGAUAGAGAAAAACUUUUGCCCCAAAGCUAUUUAAAAAAAUAGAGCUAUAACAUUGUAAAACAAAUCUUUCUUUUAUCUACAAAGAUAAAAAAUAUUUCAUCGAAAUUUUGAGCCACCCUAAGUUUUGAUAAUUUUUCAAUAAGCAUUUUAUCACAUGUAAUAACAUUGUAAAUAAAAGUAUUACUCUAAAAUAUAGCUAUAGAGCUCUAGACCCGAAUUCCCCCCUAAAUUUAGUUUCUUGACCAUUGUGCAUUGUAACGAACAUCCAUUUGAUCAGUUUUUCAAUACGGCCCCCAAAAACGAACGGGUUACUUGUCACUUUUGUAUUAAAAUGGUGCUUACGUCACUGUGUUUUCUUGAUUUUAUGCAACGUGCGAAUAAGUAACAACUAAAAGUAGGAUACCAAAAGAUGGGUCUUCGAAUAACGAACAAAUUGGCAUAAACACCUCAUAUUCGAAAAAAUGGCAUUUCCGUUACUUUGUUAUCUCACGGCAGACCAGAUCUUGACGUUUUUUGCAUUUCUAAGGAAUUUGGAAUAAAAAAUAUUAAUCUUUUUCUAACGGUUAAAAGUUGAAACUUUGACCGCUUUGAGGCACGAAUCGAAUUUUGAUUCGUAUUGUUACUGAAAAAUAAAUCCAAUAUUUAUCAGUAGAUCACAAACCAAUCAAUUUGCAACACUUAUCUCAUGUUCGUGGAAUCAUUUCACUGUUCAACAUGGUCUUGAAAUAAUUUCACGCGAAGCGUCUCUUAUUCCGUUUUCACCUCAGUGAUACGACACGCAUAAUAACCCAGAUUUCACGACAGAUGUCACUUAGGUGAGUCCAGUAAUAGGGCUUUAUCCACUUUACUCUGCUUUCACCGUGAAGUGACUCCCGUAAUAAGCACCAUUAUCAAUGUCAUAUCACCGAAGAGCAAACGGAAAAAGAGGCGUUUCUAGUAAAAUUAUUUCACGGUCAUUUUGAACGUUGAAAUGAAAGGUUGAAAACUCGAUUGAUUCGUGGUCUAUUGAUAAUAAAUAUUGAAUUUAUCGUUUAUUAACAAGAUGAACCAGAAACAGAAUAAUUUUCUGAAAAUCGAUUUUUCUAAUUUCGUUCAGUGGUAGCACUCGAAAGUUCGGCUUCUCGAGUCCCAAUGCAAAAUUUUAGCUCAUUUUAGCUUUUGAUAAUGCACAGGUACUAGUUUAUGAAAUUGUCGAGAUCCAAUUUGUUUUUGGUUGCAAAUAUCGUAGAAAUGCAUAAAAAGUUAAGAUCUGGUGUUAUCCAGAAAAGAUUUUUUUUGAAAAAAAAAAAUUGUAAGCUGGGGCCAAUGUAAAAAUACCUUCGAAUUUCGUUUAGUGGUAGUGCCAAAAAUUUUCGUGUUCGCGAAAAAAAAUCAUUGGCUCAAUCGGACUUAGGGAAGUGCUUAAGGGGUUAUAUACCUUUUUGGUCGAGAAAAAUGAGGGAAGUUUGAAUUUAGUUUUCAGUGCAUAGCACCAUUUUUAUUGCAUCAAAGUGAUAUUUUUCUGAAAGCACAAUUUGUCAACAACAAAAAAAUACGUUUGAUUUUGAGAUAUACUAAUUAUUACUGGAGUAAUGCUCGUUUCUCCGAAACGCUUUUUUUUCCCAGAGGCUUGCGGUGAUACUGAUAGAGACUCAGUGGGUCAACUAAAUUCAAAAAAAACUCAUAUUAUUUCAUUAGUUUAGAAGUGUGUCGUGUCCUUGAACGAUCGCUAUAAUGAGUACAUAUUUUGUUUUCAGUGAAAACUGGAACAUUUUUCCCAAAAGAGCACGUUUUGAGCGCUAAAAAUUGCAUUGAACAUUUUUUGUGGCCAAAUGUAACUGUAUGUUUCAAAAAACGAUCGUGCAAGGAGCGGCGAAUUUAAUAACGAAAAUUUAGAAAAAAAAAGAUGAAGAAAAUCGGUUCAGUAGUUUUCCCGCAAUCAGGAUCACGGAAAAGUCAUUUUUCGAAAAACACUAUUCCGAGAUAAUCGCGUUUAAAGUUUCAAGUUUAGCUUAUGUGGCCGUAGCGAGGCGUGUUGCAAAUCGCUCUAACUUUCUCCCUUUUGCUUACAUCUUUAUGAAAAUUUGUAAAACUGUUCUCAAGAUGUUGUAGUUCAAGAUAAUGCAAUAAAAAAAAUUUCAAUUUUUCGAAAUCUAAAAAGGUAUAUAACCCCUUAAGUGAUUUCACUUUACCUAAUAAAUGGUUCAUGCAAUUGUCGCUACCAAUUUUUUUUUUAUGUCAAAUGUCUUAUAUACCUAGAAAUGCAUAAAACGUCGAGAUUUGGUGUUAUCUCGAAAACAAAAAUGUUCGAAAAAAAUCGACCUUCUGGGACUUUUUAAGCUGAGAAAGUCAUUUCACUUGUCCUAUUCUCGUUUUCACCUCACUUACAUAGCUUAUUUUGGUCACCUCACUUUAGGUGGAUUAGGGAAAAGGUUUCACAAAGUGAAGUGAGCGUGAGAGUGAAAAAUAUUGCACCGUGAAGUGACUCCCGUAAUAAGCACCAAACUCGAUUUUAUGUUUGCAGGAUCUCAAAUUCAUUUUUUUUUUUUAAUAUUUUUAAUGAGAGGUUAGAUAAUUUCCUAGAAUCCAUUCAUAGAUAUUUUUUUCUAUCUCUCAUCAUUACUGAGAUAUAUCGAAUUGAAAAUAAAAAUCACAGGGGUUCUGUGCAGAGCCACGACCGCAAGUUUGAUUUGUGGUUCUACAAAAGGUUGUUUUUACAUUAGUUGUAUUAAAUAUGUUCAAAAUUUUGUGCAAUGUGUAAAUACGACAUCUGAACAGGAAUGGAACAAACACUAUGCAGCGUAAACAAGUUUCAGUGCCCGCAGAUUAGAAUAACAUUUUAUUUUUAACUAUAGCGCAAAAUGAGAAAGUUUUGAAUCUUAAAUUCUUUUGUCCUAAAAAGGACAGUUUGUUGCUAAAUUCACUAUUUUAUUGUACCUCUGUACCAGGGGGAAUUACGGUGAAUUAAUAUAUGACGAAGGCUCUAAGGACUGUCCUACUCGCUGUCCAGGACUAAUGUGUCUAUUUUAGGCUGAACUUUUGUACAGGGCCAAAUAGUAUAUUCCCCAUUUACUAGGUCUAUAAUUCUCAACUAUCACAGAUUUCAAGAUUUAAAAGUAUUAUCGUGAAAAUGGUAAUGGCUCAUAUUACCUCGGGGUGGUAAGUAUUUCUUGCGUAAAAUUUUCCGGGAAAUACAAUGAAAUUGUCAAAUUCAAUAUUAAAAUGGCUAAACUUCAAAAUAUACAAAGCAAACAAACUUUUCCACGCAGUUGUAACAAAAAGUGGAAAAUAUUUCGAAAGUUAGGAAGAAAAAGAAUGAGCUUUUGACAAUGUACAUAAGUUUUAUGUCCAUACACACCAUGGUCCAUGGAAGCACACAGGUUCGGAAACUGUUCAAUUGAAUGGAUUGUUGAAACUAAACGGAAAAUAUUUGCGCAUCUUGGAAACUCGUCGCCUAAAGUAAUGGCUGUUAAAUGCUGUCCUCAAGAGGGAGUUAUUUCUUCACUACUAUAGUCCUUAGUUGUGAACGAUCUGUUGAAAACUUACAUUCACUAGGGUUUGAAGUAAUCGGAUUUCCGGAUGACGUGGUUCUUAUAGUCCGGGGUAAACUCGAUGACGUUAUCUCAGAACGAAUGCAAUUAUUUUUAAACUUUACUUUCUCGAGGUGUAGAAGAGAUGAACUAAUUACAAAUCCCUUCAAGACACUUGUACGAUUUACAAAAAGAUGAUCAUAACACUAAUCCUGAAAUUUCUAAUUUGAAACAGAGUUCUGUUGAUAUUUUUCAUGGGAGUUAAAUAUCUUAAAGUAAAUCUGGAUUGUGAGCUGUUCUGAAAUACACACGAAAGGCAGUCAUUAACAAGGCUAAUACUUACUCGGCUAUUGUAAAACCCAGAAUAACAUAUGUAGCUUUGAUGUGGUGGCUGGAAACUAAAAAAAAAAACAACUCAAUUCUAGUUCGAAAGUUGCGAAGGCUUGCUACUAUUCCUAGUACAGGGGCAAUCCUUCUAAAACCCUAGAAGUUCUCCUCAGUCUAUUGUUCGACUGGAUGUGGUUAACGUGAAUCGGAACAGACCCGAGCAUGGGAAGAACCGAUGGCUUCUUCCUGUAUACUACCACAUUUCGGGAAUGCUUCAUAAAACAUCAUUAAUGUUUCAACUAACCUGUAAUUAUUUAUUUUGAAUCUGCUGAACCAACUAGAUAAUCUAAUUUUAUUAGUUUGCACAUUUGGUUUUUCCGUGAAAUCUUUAAAAUGUUUUUAUCUUGCAAUUUUUCACAUCACUAUUUUUUCUCCCUCACUGUUGUUCAUAUUUUCGUGCCGGUAGCGACUAGACUCACCAAUGUCGGCACGUAAGAGUCGUGUAAACAUUCAAACUAAGUAUACUUUUCUUUCUACACUAAUAAACAGCGCGAUCCUAACUAAUUUCUGCGAAAAUUCGGCCGAAAUGGACUAAAACUUGCCUCUAAAGUGUAGCGUCAACUGUGUGUGACAAUUUUGCGCUCGUGAUGACAGCACUGCCAGCAGCAGGCUGCGCUAGCAUAUAGAAAUGUUGAAAUUGUCAUGACUCUGAUGAAUUUUAUGGCAUCAAAAAUAUUAAAAAUUUGGUAACCAUGUACGUUCAACAAUGAUAAAAUAAUAAAUGCUUAGAUUCCGUCCCGUUUCAAGUUUAGGCUUGAAAAUAACAACUUUCGCUUCUGUUGCAUCUAAAAUGGAAGUGCUCAUCAUUCGUUGUACGGAAGCCCAGCAAUUUUCACAAAACGAUGCAAAUUCUUCAAUAAGGUACUUCUAGAACCUCAGAAAUAUGAGUUAGUUUUCCAAACAAUGUUUUGAAUAUUAUUCGCUGCAUGUUGUCCUCAUGUAUGACCAUAUUUCAUUUUGAACACUCCCCUCCAUACAUAGGCCAGAAGAGGAGGCGAGUGGCGAAUUACUCGUCUGACCAAUUUUGAUAUUGCAGAUGGCGAGUCAGCUGGUCACUCGCGUUCCCUAAUACACAGUUUGGUUUAUAUUCGUGUAUCAUUCCUGACAGCACCCAACGUAACGGGUUUUGUUUAUUAAAUUUCAUUCUUUCAAAUUUACAAUCAUAGAACCAAAACUCACACUAACGCGAAGUAAGCACUAGCAGAGGUUAGCACAGCUCGGGAAAAGAAACAAUUAAUCCGAAAUAAACGUCCAAAAAACUUUUUCUAUGAUUAACUUAGAACUAGAUAUUAUCAUAGGAGAAAAAAAAACAAAAAUCUAGUAGAGAACAUAGUAGAGUAGUGGAAAACUCUAGUCGGUUAGAAGCAAUUCAACAAUAAGCCGCUAAAAACAACACAACUAACCCUGAUGAUUACGAAAAAAAACAUGAACCUGUACAUGCAAAGAUUUCACAGUCUGCAGAUAGUAGUUUAGCUAGCUAGUUUGUAGAGUUGUCACUUUGUCAGGGGCUCCGAACUUUUAGCAUAAUGAAAAAAACCGAAAGAGAGCUCUUCAUACGGGCUCGAGUACAUAAAAUUUGCACACAUAUUUUGUCACACCAACCAGAAAUGGUUGAAUAAUAAUCUACAAUCCUGCAGAGCAAAAAAAUCGCAUUGAAAUUCUACACCUCAAUCUACUUUGGCUGCAGUAAAAUAGAGACUUACAGUAGAUAUAAGCUUUAACAGUUAAGAUGUGAAAUAUCUUUGGGUUCAGCUGUUUAUGUUAAGGUUAAGGCCAUAAUAAAGCUAACAAACACCAAAACAACGUGCAUGUUUCUCAGUUCUAAUAACAGCGUUAAUACAACAGGAGAGAAAUUUGAAAAGUCUGAUUUUUUGUUUCAUUGAUUUCAUCACAAUGCUGAGUGACAGUUUAUCGAAAGUUUAGUUUUGAUUUAACGUUUAAGUUUUGGUCAAUGAUCCGACUACAAAAAGUGCAAUAAACUUAGCUCUGCAUACUUUAUCGAGUGCGAUGGUAGCAAAAAAUCUAGGGUUAGAACUUGGAAUAGAUAGAUUUUCUCCAUUUGCAAAAACAAAAACCGAGAAAAACGCGCACUAAGCAAAAAUAAGGUUGUUUAAAAGUUUAAAACAAAACAUUGAAUCUUUCGCAUUAUCGCUUUACUUGCAAUCGGGUGACGAUUAUACUGCUUACUACAUCACUCAAAACUACACAGCCAAACACCAUACCAAAACGGAAUAUUUCACUCUGUACAUAGCAAGUGCCGAAUCGAGAAGGUGUCAUGCAGGAAAAAAUAAAAACUGAAGUACCUAAGUCCAGCUAGGAUGGACAUUCGAUCACUAAAAAAGAAGAUAAACAAACGUAGAGCAUCCACUUUGCGGAAAUACAAACCGAACACCUUAACUGACAGUAUUCAAAAUCUAAUUCGAAAUUUAUCACUAACAAAAAAGUGAAAAAACACCAACAAAAAACCAAAUGCUUAAAAACGCAAAUUUAUUAAAUCCGACUAAUAAAAAAACCCCAAGUCAAUCAAUACCGUUCUGGCCUCACCCGGCAACUGACUGUACUGUAAAUAUAAACAAACCAAACUUCUGUCGAUUCGGUGAAUCCACUUGAAUUUUGUUCUAACCACUUGUUAACUAUUGUUUAAGAAUUUUUCCAUCACAAACAAAAUAGUACGAUGAUGGAGUGAAAAGUAACACACACUUUCAGACAUGUUCUACGGUAAUAAAAAUAAAGAAGAAAAAAAACACAACAACUAAGCCGUUUUGACUUUCGCUAUUCAUUAUUCUCUAAUAAUAGUGCAACACAUUGUAGAGUGUAGAACGAGGCGAACAAAAAAAAAAAAAACAGUAGGCGUCGGUUUUCGACAGUAUUUGUAGUUGAAGGAUAGCCUAUCCUAUCAUGGCAACGACGACGGAAACAUUGGAAAAAUUUUUCUUUAUCUACACUACCUAAUUGCGAAGGAGAAAAAAAACCUAUUAAUAAUUCUACUACUAAUACUACCAGCUCUUCAAACUCCUAAAAAACCGGCAUUAUUUACCAAUAAAUAAUAUUUGAUGGCGAACAGAACACGAAAGCAGCAGCAAUAAGAGGCAAACAGAAUGCAUAGCAAAGCGAGAAGAAAAUUAACAAAAAAGAGGAAUAUUCUUAUAAUUAAUUUACGACAAAAAAAAAGUUCUAUUAUAUUGUAGCUAUCUUUGAAAGUAAAUAUUAUAUUAUAUUGUACUUAUAAAAAAAAAACAGUUUAACAAUUUCUGAAAUAAAGAGAAAAUUAAUUCGAUUA